CGUGUUGCGGCCGCUGUGGCUCGGGCCCUGGAGCCCCCGGCUCUGCGUGCAGGGUGCAUUUACGCAGUGCUGCGCAAUUCACGUAGCUGGGAAGAAUGACUGUCUCAGGGGUCUUUUGAAACCGGCGUCGUUUUACAGAGCUGAGACAGGCCUGAGCAGAAGUGGGGGGGAGGAGCUGGUGCAGUGAAAAACAGCUCUUGGUGUCAAAAACCCGAGGACGUGUCUAGGAUCCGCCCCCAAUUGUGGUGUGGAUUCUAGCGGGUUUGGGCCUCAGUUUCCCCGUCUGCAAAAUUGAAAGCUUUGCAGUGGGUAUUGCUUGGGAAACCUCGCUUAGGAAUCGGAGUUUCCGAUUUGCAGGGAUCACGCAGUGACUUUGAGACAGGGCUGGAAGCCAGGUGUCUGGCUUCUAGCUUCGCGCAGUAUGACUAAUGAAAACAGCGAAUGUUUAGAAAACCUGUAUUGAUUUACGAUGCAUUUCCAAACGGUGAUCUCAUUUUAUGCUUUCAAGCACUGUCUGAAGGGAAAUAAAGAUCUGUGAGUUACAGAGGGUGUCGGAAGUCUUGAAGAAUGGGUUUAUCCAGGGGUGUGCGACGAAGCUAAGCAAUGGAGCUCCGUUCUUUGAGCCUGGAUUCAUGGUUUUCCCAUAAUCUCCAAUGAAGUGCCAGAGCACCCAUGCGUGUCCCCUGUCUCUAAUCAUGUGUAUGAGCGGCGACUCAUUGAGAAGUACAUUGCAGAGAAUGGCACAGAUCCUAUCAACAACCAGCCUCUCUCAGAGGAACAGCUCAUCGACAUCAAAGUUGCUCACCCAAUCCGGCCCAAGCCUCCCUCUGCCACCAGCAUCCCAGCCAUUCUGAAAGCCUUGCAGGAUGAGUGGGAUGCAGUCAUGCUGCACAGCUUUACUCUUCGCCAGCAACUGCAGACAACCCGCCAGGAGCUGUCCCAUGCUUUGUACCAGCACGAUGCUGCCUGCCGAGUCAUUGCCCGGCUCACCAAGGAAGUCACUGCUGCUCGAGAAGCUUUGGCUACUCUGAAACCACAGGCUGGUCUUAUUGUACCUCAGGCUGUGCCAAGCUCACAGCCCAGUGUUGUGGGUGCAGGAGAGCCCAUGGAUUUGGGUGAACUGGUGGGAAUGACCCCUGAGAUCAUCCAGAAGCUUCAAGACAAGGCCACUGUGCUCACUACGGAGCGUAAGAAGAGAGGAAAGACUGUCCCUGAGGAGCUGGUGAAACCCGAAGAGCUCAGCAAGUACCGGCAGGUGGCAUCCCAUGUGGGUCUACACAGUGCUAGCAUUCCUGGGAUUCUCGCUCUGGACCUGUGUCCUUCAGACACCAACAAGAUUCUCACUGGUGGGGCAGAUAAAAAUGUUGUUGUCUUUGAUAAGAGUACUGAGCAAAUCCUGGCCACUCUCAAAGGCCAUACCAAGAAGGUCACCAGUGUGGUGUUUCAUCCUUCUCAGGAACUGGUGUUUUCUGCAUCCCCUGAUGCUACUAUCAGGAUUUGGUCGGUCCCAAACACUUCUUGUGUACAGGUUGUUCGGGCCCAUGAGAGUGCAGUGACAGGCCUCAGCCUCCAUGCCACUGGAGACUAUCUCCUGAGCUCCUCUGAUGACCAGUACUGGGCCUUCUCUGACAUCCAGACAGGGCGUGUGCUCACUAAGGUGACAGAUGAGACUUCCGGCUGCUCUCUUACCUGUGCACAGUUCCACCCUGAUGGACUCAUCUUUGGAACAGGAACCAUGGACUCCCAGAUCAAGAUCUGGGACUUGAAGGAGCGUACCAAUGUGGCCAACUUCCCUGGCCACUCUGGCCCCAUUACCAGCAUCGCCUUCUCUGAAAAUGGGUACUACCUGGCCACGGCAGCUGAUGACUCUUCAGUCAAGCUCUGGGACUUACGCAAGUUGAAGAACUUCAAGACAUUGCAGCUGGACAACAACUUUGAGGUGAAGUCACUAAUCUUUGACCAGAGCGGAACCUACCUGGCGCUUGGGGGUACAGAUGUCCAGAUCUACAUCUGCAAACAGUGGACAGAGAUUCUUCACUUCACAGAGCAUAGUGGCCUGACCACUGGAGUGGCCUUUGGGCACCACGCCAAGUUCAUCGCUUCAACCGGCAUGGACAGGAGCCUCAAAUUCUACAGUCUGUAGGCCCUAUGCCUUCUCACAGUUCUGGGCCUCAUCUCAGUAGUGGGUUAGAGUUAGAGGGUGGGGGUGGGGGUGGGACUUUAGGAAGAGAGGGAGGUCUGGUGGGGGGGACAUUCACAUCAUUUCAUUCUGGUCUGGAUGAUGGUCUGAGCCAGGGCACACAGAACACUGCUAUCCACGCAGCCUUUGGGCCCCAGGGAACGGACAUGGAGGAACUGUCACCCUGUAAAGUGCUCAGAGUCGGAGUCCAGCACCUCCCCCAGUGGUGGCAGCUGUUCCAUGCCUGCUCUGUUUCAGCUCUUCUGAGACAGGGAGGUGAGCCAAGGGAACUGUGAAGGGGAGGGGUAGGAGGGCUCUUGCAGGUUUUUGUAAGCAGCGAUCUAGUUUCAUUAAAAAAAAAAAACUACACAGUAAA